UUAAGAACGGAGUCCAAACCACGAGCAGUCAGUCUGUAAUUUUACAAAGGUGCCGUUCACGUGGAAUAUCGAGCAACGAGGGGAUUGGGGUUGCAACCACAACUUUAAGAGAGAGACAGGUACAGAGGAUGUCCAGAGCUGACUGGGGUUUUCUGGAGCGCUUGCUGGAGGAGGGACAGGAGUACUCGACGGGCAUUGGGCGUGUGUGGCUGACCGUGCUCUUCCUCUUCCGCAUGCUGGUCCUGGGCACAGCCGCAGAGUCUGCCUGGGAUGACGAGCAGUCCGACUUCUUGUGCAACACCCAGCAGCCGGGCUGCGAGCUGGUCUGCUAUGACCGCGCCUUCCCCAUCUCCCACUUCCGCUACUUCGUCAUGCAGGUCAUCUUCGUCUCCACGCCCACCAUGUUCUACUUCAUCUACGUGGCCCUGCGCAUGGGCUGGGAGAAGAAGCGCGAGGAGGAGGAGGCGCGGAGGAGGGCGGGGGAGGGAGGCAGGAGCCCGGAUGAGGCGGGGGCGAGGGGGGGAGAGGAGGAGGGCAGCAAACGAGGGGAGGGGAAGGGGGUGGGGGGCGAGCGCGAGGGCCCCAAACUGAAGGGCAAACUUCUCUGCGCAUACGCGUUCAGUAUCCUCCUCAAACUCCUGCUGGAGGUGGGCUUCGUGGUUGGCCUGUGGUACCUGUACGGCUUCGUCAUCCACGCCAAGUACGUGUGCCAGCGCGCGCCCUGCAGCCACAAGGUGGACUGCUUCGUCUCCCGGCCCACCGAGAAGACCAUCUUCACCAUCUACAUGCAGGUCAUCGCCGCAGUCUCCGUGCUCCUCAACAUUGCCGAGCUCUUCUACCUCCUGCAGCGCGCCGUCACGCAGUACCUGGAGAAGAAGUAUCUGGGCAAGGCUCCGGUGACUGUGCAGAUAGACAGAGAGCCCGUACGGCUGGACCUGCCCCGGGAGCCCGCCGUGCACUACCACGACAAGGGACACCUGUACCUGCCCAACUCUGGGUUUCCCCAGCCGUUCCAGGAGUACGGGGAACCCGAAAUCAGGCUGGAGUGGGAUGUCCGAGACCAGGGAGCGACCGAGGGCUCGCUCUCGAACCCGCUCCCAAGCUAUUCCACCUGCAUGAGGGCCAUUAGGUCCACAUCAAGCAGAGCCUCCUCAAAGGGGUCCUCUCACAAAGAACAAAGCAAGAAGUCCAAGAAAAGGGAUUUCAAACAGAAGCACUAUGUCUGACACCUGUGAACUCAUUGGAGAGCUCCUGCUCUCCUUAAACUGUGAAGACAGGGGGCACAAACUGAAACAGGAGGAGCAGUGCCUUGCAUGUGAACUUUUGUGUGUGUGUGUGCGAAGGAACUCACUCUCAUUGCCUAAGGGAUUAAACUGUUGUUGAGUCUUUUCCUUGUUUGGCUCAAGCAAUGACCUCUGGUCUGAACUCCCCAUGGAUUCAGUAGCCAAAACCAGCACAUGUCCCCAGUUGUGAACUGGCGUGAACCGACAUUUGUGGAUGGGGUGGAACUGCGCCAAACCAGUGCCGUAUUGUUUGAGACUAAGGUUAAGAAAUGCAUCAUGGAAAAACACUGGCGGAAACUGAGAAACGUGUUCCUAAAAAUAACUAUUUUGAAUCUAAUAUAUUUGAGAUAAACCAAAGAUUAAAUUUCAGUUAUGCGGGUAUGAGGCCAGGAAAAGAUUUGGAUCUGUCCAACAUAUUAGUCAAUUACUUCACAAAUUCCCUGACUUACACAACAUCCAAACUUACUGCUAUUUACUGAAACUAUCCAUUAUCUUGUGCAAGAGUUCCACUCAGGAUUUGAACAUGCAUCAUUCUGAUGUCCAAUGGUGGUACUACUACUAUUCAUUAAAAUGAAGAUAGCAAAUAUGGUACAGCAACAAAUGUUUGACUGUAUGUACUGUGUGUAAAUAUUUAAAUUUACUGUUAGAAAGUUUUGGGAAGGAGCCGCGGUGGCGCAACAGGCUAAGAUGCAGCAGACUCGCGGUUGCAGUUCGCUGCAGUUGCACACUGGGGACCGGGGUUUGAUUCUUGGUCCUGCCAAAAGCCAAGUUUGGCCGGCUCAUGUGGAGCAGCAAUAAUUGGCUCGCUGCUCCAGAGGGAGGGACUUGGCAGGGUUAGUAGAUUGCCGCAUGAAACAAGCACCUCGGGGGCCUCAGAAUCACGGUUACAGCUUGGGAGGCGAGGCGGCUUGAAGAAGGCGUGUCGCUCUCCCGUUGGCUGCCGAGGGACGGGGUGUGGGCGGUGUAUCUAAUACUAGCUCUAAUUGAAUCAGACAGGGUCCAAUUGGCUACCAAAUUGGGAGAAAAAGGGAAAAAAAUCGGAUAAAAAUUAUAAAUAAAAAAAUAAAAAAGUUCCCAAGUCUGAAGUUUAACCUGUGAGCUAUUUGACAGAAUAAUUAAUUGAGAAUUUUCAUUGUAAGAUUUGUUUGUUGAAAUUUAUAUAAUUUAUUUUCUAUUAUAAUAAAGGUAUUUUUGUAUCAAAAUAAUUAAUGAGUUUAAUUCAUACACCUACAUUUCUGCUGUAGGCCACA